CCAGCAAAAUUUCUGCUACCCCAAAAAGAAGGAGAGAAGGAGAAGAUUGGGAAAGACACUACGAAGAACUCUGUUGGGUAAGACGUGAUAUAGAGGAGAGCUCCAGAGUAUAUAAAAGAGGUCUCGAACAGAAGCGGAAGUUAGUAAGCGGAAGAAAAUGGAUAAAUAUUCACAGUGCUGGAAGAUUUGGCUGUGGCUUUGGAUGGCCUUUGCCCUUUAUGGUGUUUCAGCAAGUGAGGAUCGGACCAUCAGGCUUCCUGCAGCUGAUGAGCCGUCUCUUGGCUUUUCUGGAGCUAAGGAUCUGGCCUUACCCAUCUCCGUGGCUUCUGCAGUCGUAGAUCUAAAGAAGAAACCUCCAGUGGAUCUACUCCAUCGAUCCAAGAGAACUCUGACCACCAUCUGCGUGGAGAUCAAGCCAAGUGGACCGCUGGAGGAGCCCUACUACAUGUGCAAGGGCGAGAAUUUCGGAACUGAGAACAAACAAAGUUGCGUGGAAUUCAAGCCAGGUGGCGCCCAGGGCGAGCUCUACUACAUGUGCAAGGGCAACGAUUUUGCCAGUGGAAAUGAUCAGGGGAUACCAGCGAAUCAGCCCUCCCAAUUUGGGUUUCCUUCCCAGAAGCAGGCGCCACCAGCUGUGGCACCUGGCUAUCAACAACAAGCUGCACCGAUUGCCCAUACCUUUCCAUCGUUUCCCGCCUUUGGAGGCGGGUUAUUUCCAAACCAACAGCAGUACGAGGAACCCAGGAGGGAAACGCCAACGACGACAUAUCAGGAGCAGCGUCCGAAUCAACAGGGGCCCGAAAAUCCCCAGCAGCAGCCCUACAACGCUCAGCAGAAACUCCCAAAUCCUCAGCAGCCGCCACAAUAUCCGCAAGAGCAGCCCUACAAGCCCCAACAGCAGCCCCAAAAUGCUCCUCAGCAGCAGCUCCAAUAUCCAGAGUACACUCCUCAACAGCCCCACCAGCCCCAUCAGCAAUUUGGAUACUCUGGCGGCACCAUGGCUCCCACUCCGGCUGCAUCUCCUGCGCAGUCAUAUGGCCUGCCAGCAGUUCCUCGCCCAAAUCCAGGCAGCCCGCCAGCACUUCAAUACGGAGCUCCUGCAGGCCCAGGCCCAACGGCCACGACCACUGCAUAUCAUCCUGCAGCAGCUCAGAAGUCGGCGGCAGCUGCAAAACCAACGCAGGGCCAGCAGCAGUCGAUUCCCUCGUACGAAACUCCAGUGGUAGGAAGUCGUCAUCAACCUGGAUUGGAUGGGGAUGUGGUGGGGAUGCCCAGAGUGGGUUUCCAACCGGAGGAAUUCAGACAGCAGUACCGCGGUUCCAUGGGAGAGCCACCGAUGCAGCAGCAGGAGCUGGCAGAGCCACAAAUGGUUUGGUUACCUCCUUCGCCAGUGGCUGAGCAACUCGAUGAUCCCGUAAUGAGAAGCUUUUACAAGAGCCUGGCUCCACAACCAACAGUAAGGGCAGAAGGAGUAACAGUAGGAGCAGCACCACCAACAGUAGGAGCACCACCACCACCGCUGAGGCCACCACAUCUCAGCAAAACGCAACCUGUACCUCCCUUGGAACCUUUAGUGGGUCAAAGCUAUCAGCCAUCCUACGGCCAAUACCCGGAAUCUCAGGCUCCGCCAACAUUGCCACCGCCUCCGCCUGCAUAUUCCCGACCAGAAGUGCCUGCAUCCACCUUGGAACCAUCACCAAUUGGCUACAAUUCCUACUGCAAUGGAUGCAAUGUUCCGUCCAUACCCCGGCAAUGUCCAGCGGAGACUGGAGUCAGCUACAGCACAAUAUGUCCCAGUUUUCAGCCUGUUAUUAUAGCCAUGCCCUGCUACGAACAGCAGCCCACGCAUUAUCUGGCCGUGCCAAAUAUUGUGCCAAACGGAGGCAGGAUUCCGAGCACGUAUGGGAAUGAGAUGCCUGGUGGGAGUCCCUAUGGAUCGUCAUUUGGUAUGCAUCAACAGGUGGGCAGCCCAUACGGAGCGAAUCAGCAGGUGGGCAGCCCCUUCGGAGCGAAUCAGCAGGUAGGAAGUCCUUUUGGAAUCGCAACACAGAUUGGACGUCCUUUUGGACCAAAUCAACAGGUUGGCAGUCCUUUUGGUCAAAAUCAACAGGUUGGCAGUCCUUUUGGAGCAAAUCAACAGGUUGGCAGUCCUUUUGGAACUAAUCAACAGGUUGGCAGUCCUUUUGGAACGAAUCAACAGAUGGGUAGCCCCUUCGGCAAUCCACCUCAGGUGGGCAGUCCCUUCGGAAAUGCUCCACAAUCUGGCAGCCCCUUCGGAAUGGCACCACAGAUGGGUAAUAAUCCCGGAUUCAACAUGAAUAUGGGCGCACAAGUGGGCAGCCCUUUUGUUCCGAACGGCCCCCAAGUGGGUGCUGGCUUCGGAAUGGGUCUGAGCCCGUUUGGCCCAUUCGGAAGCCUGAAUCCGUUUAAUCCGUUCAACAGAAUUCUGGGCGCUGCAGCUCCCACAACACCACAGCCCCAAAAGAAUGGAUUCCAGCGCAUUUUCAAGUUUGACAGCUCCUCGACAACAACAGAGGCACCAUCCCUGGGCUCAACUGUUCAGCAAUCCACGGAAAAGUCGGGAAAACUGAACUUUUCCAGCAGCACACCGACGGCAGCUCCGAGCUCUGCUUCAUCGGAGCCUAGCUUGGGGGCUUCCCUCGCGGGCCCUGCCGAAGAGGAUGAACACGAGGAGGAUGAUGAGGGAGAAGACGAAGACCAUAUGGGGACCACAACUGCAUCCACAAGUGAAGCUGAUACUUCGGUCGGCGCCUCCCUCGAGGUUAUACCCUUGGGGAAGCUCACUGCCAAGGACCUCAUGAACAAGGCCGAGGAGAGUCUCAAGACGGACGACGAGAAUCCAUUGAAGAACGAAAAGCGCAAACGCCACAAUUCCCGAGCCAACAAGGGGAUUAACCAGAAGCGAAAAUAUCUCCAGCAACUGUAGAA